ACCAGCUCUGCAAUGUAACCACAGCUAUCGUCUGCCCUAGAGAGAGUUGAGACCACGCUGCCUAGUAGGUUGACUCCGCCGCCUCGACCAGCAACGCUGCCGCCAUUUGCACACGCUAGCUCGACCUCUUGCUCUGUUGUCGUCGUUCUCGCUUCCGAUGGCGGCUGCAGGCGGCGGAUCGUUGCUGGAUCAGUCGAGGCACGCCAUGCGCAGCUGGGUACUCAAGAAUAUAGAGAAAUUGGCAGGACAUUAUGGUGCAGAGUUCAACUCUUUGCGGGCAUUUGAGGACAGGGUAUUCAAUGAGACCAGCAGCAUUGAUGAUUAUAUUUCUAAAAUAUCAACGAAGAUGGCUAUUUUGGAGCGACCGCAGUCUUCUUCAGGUAUGCAGCAUCAAGGGCAGAUGGGAAAUCAAACGAGGCUGCCUACUACAGUUAUGCAAGAACAGCCACAGCCACAGCAGCAGCCGCAUUUGAUGUCAAAUAAUCAUCACCAAACACAUGGAGGAUGGCAGAGCAAUGUUGCAAGGGUACAGAUGAUCACUGGUGUUGGAGAAGUGAAUUGGAGGGAGGAAAUGUUUCAGAAGAUCAGCGUUUUAAAGAACUCUUUCUUUUCCGAGCUUACGGAUUUUGACCGUUUACUUCACAAUUGCCAAAAAACAGAAGAACAGUUGCAGUCACUACCUAAAAAGCAAGCUGACCAAUACAAGCGGAUAACAAAGCUCAAGGAUGCGGUUAGGAGUGCUCUGGAUUUAUUGCAGCUCCAGAAGAGCAGCAUCGAUGAAGGCAUGAAGGUGAAAUUCUGCAAGUACGAAAGCUCCAUACAUAGCCUACUCAGAUUCUACAGGGAAACAAAAGCUAAAAUUAAUGAGAUGAAUGCAAAUCGUCAUAACAAUCAGCAAGAGCAACCUGCAGGCCUGCCGAGGCAAAGAAUUACUGACAGAACUCCAUCGUCAGCUCGUCGGCAAAACCGCAAUGACAACGUGAUAGGCCAAUCAGAGGAUAAAUUGCGAUGCAGGGUUGAAUCAGUUGUAGCCAAGAAGAAGCCCAUCGACCGCCUAAUCAACGCUCUGCGGCACAGUGUAGAGGAUGACCGUACGGACGUCAAGAGGCAGAAAACACGGCAUGUUAACAGUGCCCUGGCGAACGAGAUCGACGCCAUGAACGCCAAGCUGAUCGAUACCGUGGUUAGAAUCGCCGGUGAGAAAGAUGGUGGGACAGAGAUUGAAUUCAGCUACACUGCAGUGUCUCUUGCACUAGACAUGAAGCAGCUAUUUGCAGCAUAUGGGACGUCUCCUGUCAAGCCGGUGAAACUAUUCGUCCCUGCUGAUUACCCUCGAAGUUCUCCGGUGGUCUCGAACAACAACGAUGAUGGAGAUGAACAGCGGCGAGGAAUGUUCGGCGAGAUCUCGGGCAUGGUCAGUGCGGCUUUUCACUGCGCGCUGCGUGAGCUCCCGCCGUCCAUGUCAGUCAAGCAGAUGGCCUCGGAGUGGAAUUCCUGCGUGCAGAUGAUCAUGAAGAAAUUUGCGAUACGGCACGGUGGAGGAACGUUCAGCUCCAGGCAUGGCCAGUGGAUGGAUUGCACCGUUGAAUGAUUUAGUACCGUGAGGUACCGAUACCUCGAGAUACUUUUUGUUGUACCGAAGCAAAUCUCUUAAUUAUUACAUGAGGAUGAAGUGAUACGGAGAACCGUAUUUGAUCUGUUGUUAUUGCUGCUGGAGGGUACAUGCAUAAUCCGCUCUGUGUAUCAUUUGUUUUGAUUAAGCUGGUAUUGCUUUUGAUAUUUCUCUGUCUGGAUUUUGUAAUUGGAACAAGCAAAAUCGCUUGUAGGACAUGUAUUUCUGAAAAUGGUAACUAUCUAUCUUUGAAGAGCCCAACAAAGCAUUUAGAGUUUUAUUGGCAAACAA